AUUAGUUAUAACAUCAAUUCAGCUGCUCUCAAAUACUAGCUGCGGAUCCAUCCAACUCAUCUUCUCUCUCCCUCUCGCCUCUACACCACCACUAGUCGUUCAACAUCUUCCUCCUCGAAAUCACCACCGGCCACCGUCGCCGGCCGGCACCGCCCGAUCGCGUCGGGGAAUGGAGUCCUCGUCGUCGCCGUCGUCCUCGUACCUGAACUUGUUCGUGGAGGAGACAAGCUUCUACAACCGCAUUGUCCUCGACAGCCUGUUGCCCAACUGGGUGUGGGUCCCGCUGCCCCACUUCUUCCAGUCGUGGCUGCGCAACUACCUCGGCGGGACCUUAAUCUACCUCGUCUCCGGAUUCCUCUGGUGCUUCUACAUUUACUACCUCAAACGCAACGUCUACCUCCCGAAAGAUGCCAUUCCCUCUAAUAAAGCCAUGCUUUUGCAAAUAUAUGUUGCCAUGAAGGCCAUGCCUUGGUACUGUGCUCUUCCGUCUCUCUCUGAGUACAUGGUUGAAAAUGGCUGGGCGAGGUGCUUCUCAAGAAUAAGUGAUGUAGGUUGGGUUGCUUACCUCAUCUAUUUAUCAAUUUAUCUUAUAAUCGUGGAGUUUGGAAUCUAUUGGAUGCAUAGGGAGUUGCAUGACAUAAAGCCUCUGUAUAAAUGGCUUCAUAAUAUACAUCACAUUUACAACAAGCAGAACACCCUCUCUCCAUUUGCUGGUUUGGCUUUCCACCCACUUGAUGGGAUACUGCAGGCAGUUCCGCAUGUUAUAGCUCUGUUUCUUGUGCCAAUGCAUUUUACUACUCACAUAGCGCUCCUAUUUAUUGAAGCCAUAUGGACAGCAAAUAUUCACGAUUGCAUCCAUGCCAAAAUAUGGCCUGUGAUGGGUGCUGGCUACCACACCAUUCAUCAUACUACCUAUCGCCAUAAUUAUGGCCAUUAUACUAUAUGGAUGGACUGGAUGUUUGGAACUCUUCGUGACCCUAUCAAUGAGGAAUCAAAGGUCUUAUGAAGCAUGGUCACCUUCUUGAGCAUCAAGUUUUCCAUUGAUGUUGAAUGUUUAUUGGAUUAUCCCUUCUUCAGUCUUUUAUUUAUGAUGUUUUUUGCUUGUAAAUUAUAUUGCUUGAUACUUGAUUCUCGAGUUUUUUCUUUUUUGGUCUGGGUGGUUUCCUCUGAGUUAAUGGCUAGAUCAUUAAGCUGCGGAGGAGAUAUUUUGAGCUUUGAGAGGAGUUUUAUCUCUUUCAGUUGGUCGCUCCUAGUCCCGUACCAACGUAGCUGGUUCUUCAAUAAGUUGUUAGUUGUAUAAUUCUUCUACAUGUUUUAAAUGGAUUAGAGUUAUGGGAAUGACCACCAUGAUAUUGCCUUU